AAAUAAAUAUUUAUGCCGCAAACUUAAAAUAAAAUAAUAAUAAAUACACUUUAGCCUUUUUUUUUUUUUUCUUUCUUCGGCUCAAGUUCAACCUACCAAACUGGCAACUACCAGUUUAUUCAUCAGUCCCAAAAAAUAGACUAAACGGCCAUUUCUGUAUCAAUUGGAAACAGUGCUCGUGCUUGGGCUGAGCUCACAAAUGUCCAUUUUCUCAUCUAAUUGGCCGUAGAGAGGAAAUUGUACAAGGGAAAAGAAAAAGUCGAAAGAAGAGGGAGUGUGAGGUGUGAGAUCUAUGGCUGACGAGUGUAAUUUGAUUUCCGAACUCAGUGAGUUUGAUAGCCUCAGUGCUGUUAUUGGGUUUGAGGCUUUCUCCAGUGGGAAGAAGAGGAAGAGAAUGAAGAUUAAGAAUAAGAAGAAGAAGAUGGAUCAUCAGUUUGUGAUUGACGAUUUAGACGACAUGACUAUUAAUAUGGUGGACAAUGAAAAGCAAGCGAACAUUGGUCAACAUCAAGAAAUGGUGUCAAUUGGAAAAGUGGAAACGGAAUCAAACGUGAUUAAAAACAGUAUUGUUUUACAGAAGCGCCUUCAUCGACCUAGAUAUUUUGAUCCCCCUCAAGAAAUUACUUGCGUGUGCCGCAAUUGUGGCGAAGAAGGGCAUAGAGAAAAUAACUGUAGAGCACAAAAGCGAAGGAGACCAUGCUUUGUUUGCGGAACUUUUGAGCACAGUUGGAGACGUUGCAAGAUGCGUCGGAAUUGCUUUUUAUGUAAAGAACGAGGUCAUGUUGCUAGACAUUGCCCCAAUGGAAGCCAAGUAGAUAAUCCAAGUCCUAUAAUUUGUCUUAGAUGUGGGGACUCUGGACAUGAUAUGUUUUUAUGCUCCAAUGAUUAUUGUCCUAGUGAUAUCAAGGAAAUACAUUGUUAUGUUUGCAAGGCUCUCGGCCACCUGUGUUGUGCUGAUUCACAUGGUGGAAUUCUAAUUUCUGACUCUUGCUACAACUGUGGCCAGUCUGGACAUUUGGGUUCAGGAUGCACGAAGACACGUAAAGACAUCCGUGGUGUUUCACUCCAGCUUUCUGCCACUAAUUUAGAGAAGCAGGUCGUUUUGCCAGAAAAUUCUCAAAUUGUGAAGCUUGAGAAGGAGGUGGGUGAUCUUGUCGGCCUCAACUUGGAAGUAUUUUCUGCUUGACUGAAUGAGAAACAACAAUAAUGCAGAAAAAUUUGGAAGAUCAAGAGAAAACUGAACCAGAUAAGCGCGAAACAAGACAAAAAUGUGACCGCAGGCUAAUUGAUAUGGAGAAUGUAGCUUGUCUAAACCAGUGCAACGGAGUGGCUCAGUAAAUAUGGUUCUGAUCUCAACCCUGCAGAUGAUUCCAGUACUGGAUGUGACCUUUUUUUGAGCUCUAUUUCAUUGUAAAGAAUUCAGAUAUUUUGUGGAAAUUCCAAUUUCAAACGCUUGGAUCCAAAAUAUGGAUGCCAAGAUUUGGUCAUUAGGAACAAUGGAACUGAGGCUGGAAGUAAGAAGCUGAAGUUUGGUUCUAUCUGAAUUUCUGUACAAAGCUGCAUCUGUAUCAAUGGUACAAGCAAAAGAGGCAUAGGCCAUGUAAUAAUAUUAGGAAGUUCAUCUAAUAGUGCAUUGUAAUUUGUAGUGUACAAGUUUUGGAUAUAAUAAUGCAGUAUAAUGUUAAAGAAAAA